AUUCUCUGAUUCCUCUCAGUGCCGGCGGCGGCGGUGGCUGGUGUUGCUCCUGCCAGGAUGCGACCGGCGGCAGCUUGUGCGUGGCUGCGAGGGGCGGCGGCUGUUGUUGCUGGUAGCGAAUUUUACGUUGGCUGCGAGGGGCGGCGCCCGCUAUUUGACUUGACACCUACGAGUAUAUACAUAUUGCAACCAAACACCUUCCAAAUUCCAAACGCUCGUCGCUCCCCCACACCAACCGCGCGCCGCCGCUUCGCAACAAGAGACACGACACGAUGCGGCGGUCCCUCUCCCUCCUCGCGCGGCAGCAGGUGGCGCAGCAGCGGCGGCUGCUGAGCAACGUGCCGGAGUCCACCGUCUACGGGGGCCCACGCCCGCAGGAGUCGGCGGCGGCGCGGCGCGUGACGGUGACCACCCUCCGCGGCAAGCACCGCCGAGGGGAGCCCAUCACCGUCGUCACCGCCUACGACUACCCCUCCGCGGUCCACGUCGACUCCGCGGGCAUCGACGUCUGCCUCGUCGGGGACUCCGCCGCCAUGGUCGUCCACGGCCACGACACCACGCUCCCCAUCACGCUCGACCUCAUGCUCGAGCACUGCCGCGCCGUGGCCAGGGGCGCGCCAAGGCCGCUCCUCGUCGGGGAUCUCCCGUUCGGCUGCUACGAGUCCUCCGCAGCGCAGGCUGUUGAUUCAGCUGUGAGGGUACUGAAGGAAGGUGGAAUGGAUGCAAUCAAGCUGGAAGGGGGUGCACCGUCCAGGAUCACUGCAGCCAAGGCUAUCGUGGAGGCUGGAAUUGCUGUCAUGGGGCAUGUUGGCCUCACACCGCAAGCUAUUAGUGUGCUCGGUGGAUUUAGGCCUCAAGGGAAGACGGUUGACAGUGCUGUAAAGGUUGUGGAGACAGCACUUGCCUUGCAGGAGGCUGGAUGCUUCUCGGUUGUGUUGGAGUGUGUGCCUGCUCCAGUGGCAGCCGCUGCAACAUCAGCAUUGAAAAUCCCGACCAUUGGCAUUGGGGCUGGACCAUUCUGUAGUGGACAGGUCUUGGUAUACCAUGACUUGUUAGGGAUGCUACGACACCCACACCAUGCCAAGGUCACACCAAAGUUUUGUAAACAAUUUGGUAACGUGGGCGAUGUCAUCAACAAGGCGUUAUCAGAGUAUAAGCAAGAAGUGGAAACUCAUUCUUUCCCUGGUCCAAGCCACACACCGUAUAAGAUAACUCCCACAGAUGUUGAUGGCUUUGCAAAUGCACUGCAGAAGAUGGGUUUGAGUGACGCCGCAGAUGCUGCGGCUGCUGCUGCUGAAAACAGGGAGAAUGGUGGAGAACCAAAAGGAAAAUAGUUGAUCUAAUGCCUGUUGCUUUCAACGGCUACACCAGAUUUUAGACUAGAGAAUAAAGGCUAGAGAAUAUAUUGCCUAGCAUAACGGUGUCCUGCACUAGUGCAAUCUUGUAAGACUGCAGGUGUAGACUGAAACUGAGAACCCUUUCGAUGUCGUUAACUGGACAAAAGGGAUCCUUAAUAAACAUGAGCUAGAUCAAGAUGUUCCGAGUAGAAGAGCUACGUUACUAUCACUUUUGAGUUUUGACACAUGAUGGUGUAUCAUCUUUUGCUACUCAAGAUACUAGCUUUGAAUGUUUGUCAUAUAUCAAACGAGCAAAAUAAUAAAAUGCAGAA